AUGCAGUCACCGGGAGGCGGCUGGGUGAAAGAAGCAGGACCAGCCUUUCAUAUUGACGGCGCUGGGCUCAGGGCGAGGCGGCCGCCGUGUUUCCCUGCAGUUAGCGGGUUGGCUGCUCACUCCCGCAAUCCGGGACGGUGGCUCUGGACAGGCGCUAUCCCCUGGAAACAGCCAAGUGGUUUCCUGGCCAAGUGGAAGAAGAAUGGAGAGGAACUGAAAGAAAAUGUUGGCAUGGGAGAUACUUGUACACCAGCUGUAACUAUGGAAACCAGUGAGGACGUUUCGGAAUCUAAAAGCACUUGUGUGCCCGAAUCUAUUGCUAUGGAAACAGAAGUAACAGAAAAUGGCACUAUUCAUGAAGGAAAUGUUAAUGUGACUACUGAAAGAAAAUACUCUGGGUUAAAUGACCAGCAGCAAAUCUUGGAUACUUGCAUAUUAACAGCAGAUCCUACUGUAGUGGAAAAUGGAAAAGAAGUCAGUGAUGGACAUCAUAAUGACAAUGCAAAUGGCAUAAAACUUCCUUUCAAAAUUGAAGAUUUAGAUCACCCAAUGCAAGUACCUUUAGCAUUUGAAACCAUGCCUUCAUCCUAUGAAAUGCCAGAAGUGAUUUAUGCCAUUAUUCAUAAAGACAACUUCAAAGAUUCUUCAACUGAGGUACUGGGCGGAGCAGGUGCUAAAUCAGUGGCAGUGGAAGGUUUAGAGUUAGGUCAGGACAUUGCCAGCAAACCUUUUACAGUGACUGCAGCUGCAACAGUUGAAGCUAAACUCAACCAGAAAGAAAUGUCGAAGGCCUUCCAAACUACCAACGAAGCUGAAAAUGAAACAGCCACUCCUGCAGUCACAAGAUCAGAAGAAUAUUCACCAGAAAAUUCAUCAUUAAUCAAGCUAAAUGAAGGAAUACUGGAAACCUUAUCAGAAGUCAGACAAUGGGAAGAAAAUGUUGAAAAUUUCUCAGUGAUUGAUUUAAGUAAAUUGACCAUAGAAAGUUUAACUCCUUUAGUCAUUCCACAGGAUGAUAAAGGCUUGAUGGAUCUAUCAGCCACUGGUCUAACUUACUUGACCAGUCAUGGUAAUCAAAUAUCAAAUGAAAGUAUGAUGUAUCAAAGAGAGCCAGAAGCCGGUUCAUCAGCUAUUCAGAAUGAAUUUUUGCCAGGCACCACUCUCAUGCAAUAUGAGGAUGGUUUAGAAUCUGCCCAUGCAGACAAAUUCAAAUCCAGCAAGGAACAUACAAAUGACUUAAUUCAUGAAAGUCGGUCUAAUGGAAGUGUGACUUCCCUAAGUAACAAAAUUGCAUUUGAAGUAAUGGAGCUAGAGCACAGGUCACUAAAAAGUAACCCUAACCAGAACGAUGAAGUGAAGGGUACAUCCAACAAUACUGAAACCCGAUCUGCUGAACAAACCCCAGGCCAAAGAAGCCAGACUAAAGCCUCUGAAAAUGUUGACACAGAACAUGUGGAUUUUGCUGCUGCCCGCAGACAGUGGUUGCUGCUGGAAGAGAUUAGCAAAGCACAUGGCCAUAGGCCACCAGUCAAGCAGCAGAAGAAUAAAAGCAUAACAAAACGUGUUACUAAAGACAGCACAGAUGGCACUUCCAUUACUAAACUGAUAAAGGAGGCAACCCCUCCACAUUCUGCAUCUUUUUCUAAAGAUAAAAUACGAAGCAGCACACCAGUAGAAAUCAAAAUUGAUGAAGUGGAAUGCUGGAGAAGUUUAACAAACCUAAAUAAUAAACAGGACACAGUAGCAUUACAGGAGAAUAAAGGUGCAAUGAGGGAUUUCGAGCAGAACCUGUUAUUGAACAUAGCAGAUUUUAGUGCAUGCUCAGAAGGGAGCGACUCUGGUCUAGAUGACUCAACUUGUAGAUCGGAAGCUGGGAAUUUAACUGACACCAUAUUUCAGAAUGAAACUUCAAGUUCUGUGUCCAUAACAAAUGGAAAAUCUGAAACUCCAAUCGAAAGAGAGAUCCGUCUGGGUGUGAAACGGGAAGAAAGUCUAAAGAAGGCCAGAGGCAUUAAAAAACAUCCUUGCUCUGAAGAAUAUGUAGAAAUCAAAACUCGGCCAUUUACUUUUCCGCCUGUUCCCGCCCCUUCAGCAAAAGUUAAAAAUAAUCAAUUAGCGGAGAUGCAGAUGCAGCGUGAAAUUUUACUUGAGCGCCAACGGGAGGAAGACCUCAUCCAGCAAGGGAAGAUAAAGGGAACAAGUGACAAAAGCCUGAUCCCAGAGAUUGAAGAGAGAAGGAAGUUCUUCGAACAACAUUAUCCUUUCCCAUUGCCAUCAAACAGUAAAAUGUUUAUCCCCCAUAUUAAUACUCCUGCCUCUUUGUUGGGUACACCUUCUACAAUGAAAAAGCAUCCCUCCAAUAACGAAAUGAAUGUUGGUAAUUUUAGACUGGAAAAUGGUGUAUUAACUUCUUCAGAGGAAGACAAGGCAGGAGUUACUGAUGCUGUACUGAAGCUUAAAUAUCCAACUGUAGAAACUGCUAAUGUUGUAAUACUGGAAACACCAGAUGUGGUCCUACGGCAUUCCACAGACUUUGCACUGUCAUCCAUCUCAUCUCUGCAGACAGAGGAGAAAUUGCAAAAGAACCCCUUCUUCAAGCUCCGUUCACAUGGAUCUCAGUCCAUCCUUAGUCAAGAGAUCAGAGAAGUUCUACAGCGAGAGGAAGAGCUACGUAAACAAAGGUGCUACCUUCUUGGAAUGGCAGCUGUACGUGAAAGCAGUAUGCUGUCUUCAACUGCAGCUAAUACUUUGCCACCAGGACAGAAGAGCAACAAAAACAUGCCAUAAGACUGCUCAGACCCUGCGCUGGGAGGCUCGUAUAUAUGCUAGCAACUACAGAAAUGAAUAGCACUCCUAGAGGAAUACAGUGAAUUCAUAUGCAUACUGCAGCAAUUAAGCUACCCUAAAACUUGUUCAUCUAUGUGCAUACCCAAAGGCCGCCAUGUUCUGCACUUCAUAUGCUUUGAGUUGUUACGUGAUUAAU